AUGGAACCUCGUCAAUUGGGACAAACGAAAAAGCAAGAUCUUCAGUAUCCUUCUAGUACAGCUGCAUCGGUGGAUCAGGUAAAACAUUCUACUGCGACGACUACGAAGAAGAAUUUUUUGGUUACUGCUUCGCAGUCAAAGGAAACGACAAACAAUAUGACAGUCAAGCAUGCGGUACUAGCUACAGGCUACAUGUUAUCGGCGAUCGUGAGGAAAUCAAAUGGAUUACAGGUGCUAGGAGGUCUCAACACCGUGCCGUAUAUCAAUUUGAUAAAUACGAUAGACGAAUUACAAAAAAUAUGA